CUUCACAGCAAGGGGACGCUGAUCCCGCCAGCCACCGGGGACCUCGGCGAGCGGCUCCUCCACGGAGCAGAGCCAUCCCCGCGGAAGCUAAAUUUGGAAGAUAAACUAGCCAUGGCGUAUUGGGAGCUUCAGGAUGCGCUGGGUAUCAAUACGGACAAAUGGUUGAUUAAUAUGAGCUCAGAGCAGCCUUUCAAAAAGGCAAGUCGGUGCUAUUCUUUUGAGAAGGACUGGAUUCAGUGCACCCAUGGCAUUGGGCAGACCCGUGCCAACGUCGAAUGCAGCAUCGAGUACGAAGACUUCCUUGAGUGUUUGCAUAAGUCAAAAACGGCACAGCGUAUGACGGCCAUUCUUAACCAAAGAAAUAAAUUGAUCAAGGAAGGAAAGUAUACACCACCACCACACCACGCUGGCAAAGUGGAAACCAGACCUUGAUCGUCUGCUAGGAGUCCCUCAAACAGCGGAGCUUACCAUGCAUCACCCUUUGUGCACAUGUUGUGGGAAUGAAACUUCUGCAAAAGUUCACCCAAUGAUGCCCGCUGUGGAGCUGUUCUGCUAAUUGUCUCUCUCCUGCAGCCCAGCUAUACUGGGAGCAUAUGGUCUCAAUAAAAGACCUAUCAUCUUUAAGUUUAAAUAACAGUGGUACCAGUAACUGAUUGAUUUGGAAAGUAAAACUCUCCCUUGGAAAACUUCA